AAAAAAAACACACACACACACACAAGAGAGAGAGAGAGAGAGUGUGUGUGACAAAACCUGCAGACUCAGGGUGGUUGGGACACGGGCAUGGCGGAUGGCGGGUGGCUUUACUUUGUCACAGUAAGGCGUGUUCAAUAAAUCUUCUACCCAGGUUACUGCAGACAAUUGGUUCCAAAGUUCAAGGGUAAGAUAGAGCCGGGAGCACCGCAGACAGUGUCUCACCACAAGAGGACGAGUGACAGAGGAGCGUCAGUGUGAUUCACUUGUGAAAUUAUAAAAGAAGUAAAGUCAUCGAUUUUGACAGGAAUAAACACAAAGACAUAAAAAAUGGCAGAAAGCGCAUCUCCAAAAGGCAGCUCUGGCGUCUUUGCUAAAAAAGUCCAAAGACAGCUGAGCAGAGGCAAAGAAAAGGUGCUGCAGAGGCUGGGGAAGAAUGUGGAGUCCAAAGAUGAUGAAUUUGAACAUUUUCUCCAAAAUUUCAGUGACCAGCAGAGUGAUGGGAACCGAAUACACAAGGACCUGAGGAGCUAUAUUAAUGCAGUGAGAGACAUGCGUGAAGCUUCCAGACGCCUCUCCCAGUCUUUGUUUGAUGUUUAUGAACCCGACUGGGCCGGAGAGGAAGACUUGGGACCCAUUGUAGAGGGGGAGGACCUCCUGUGGAAUGACUACGAGGUGAAGCUAUUAGACCAGGCCGUACGAACCAUGGAGUCUUAUGUGAGCCAAUUCCCAGAUGUCAGGGAGAAAGUUGCCAAGAGGGGAAGAAAGCUGGUCGAUUAUGACUCUGCCCGUCACCACCUGGAGGCACUGCAGACUGCUAAGAAGAAGGAUGACGUCAAGAUAAACAAGGCAGAGGAAGAGUUGAACGCUGCCAAAAGUGUUUAUGAAGGCAUCAACAAUGAGCUAAAAGACGAGCUCCCUGUGCUCCAUGAAAGCCGCAUCGGAUGUUAUGUGUCAGUCUUCUCAUCCGUGUCAAAUUUACGAGACAUCUUCUAUAAGGAAAUGAGCACGCUCAAUGUCAAUCUGCAAAAUGUGAUGAAGGAGCUGCAGGCCCAGCAUCCAGACAAAGUGUUUUCUCUCAAGGAACUGCAACGGUACGGCUCCCUGAAGAGACGAACUCUGUCCCCUAAGUUAUUGAAAGUGGGCUUCUCAGAGUUUCACAGGAGCUUCAGUCCUUUAAGCUCCCAGAGAUUUAGUUUCCGCUCCCCGGACAAAGCUCGUUCUGGCACGCUAUCCAGAGAGGGAAGCACUCGUGUAUCCUCCCAAAGAUCCUCGACCAGGGAUGCGGAUGCAGAGCUGAAGCCAGAGGAAGGCAGCAGUCAUGUGGAUGAGGAGAAGGGCCUGAAAAAUGAAGAGUCUGAGCCUCCUGCAGAGUCUGAUAAUGAGAGAGGUGCAGAGAAAGCCGCAGAGAGUGGCAGCAGGUUUGAACUGAAAAACUCCUCUGAUUCAGGGAGUUUGGAGCUCAAGCAUUCUGCAGUCGACAACGGCCCGCUGCACAUUGAAGAAAGUGAGGACACUCCCAAACCAAACGGACUGGAUAAUGGAGAAGUUUCUGGGUGUAACUCUGACGCUCAGGAGUUGGACGUUCCUCAAAAGAAUGCUGCUGCAGAAUCAAAAAACACAGUGGUUUAA